UUUGCGGACAGCAAGCCCUUCUCCGACAGGCGUCCCUGUGUGUCGCUCCCCCCCGCACCGCCUCUCCUGUUCCCGCCAUCCCGGGCUGGCUGCGGCUGCGCUCCCGCUGCCUCCGCGGGACCCGGGAAGGGAGGGGGGGAAAGUGGCUUCUCCAGUCUCCCGGAGCAGCCGGGGCAGCUCGGAAGGGUGACGGGAACGGGGGAUCCUUAACGAAUAGCUCCCGUAUCCCGGAUCGAAUCACCUUGUUUAUUUUUUCCUGAUGGCUUAUUGUGCUAAUUGACUUGUUUUCUCCAAGGAAAGCCUAUCUCCCCUCCUCCUUCCCCACACACAGGUUUUCUGUUUUCUCCCCCACACUCCCUCUUAUUUUUUUUUUUCUUUCCCUUUUUUAUUCCAGACCGGGAGUGCUCUUGCAGGAGAUUAUGGCUUGUGGAGGGAUCUACCCGUUUUAAAGGAGAUUCCCUUACCCCUUUGAGUCCCUUUGGUUUUAUAGCUAUUACUCUCUUAUUAAAACACACACACAUAUACAACACAUUGAUUUCCAUCCAAAAGGGCUAAUUACAUUACUUACAGUAAAUAGCAGCCCUGCUGUCCAGGGUUUAGUGUGCCAAUAGAGGAAAAAAAAUCCCAGUUUAUUUCACUUGAUUGACUUCAUCUUUGUGUGAAAUUGUGUUUUAUGAGCUGUAUUCUGGCACUCGGCAGAAUGUAGCAACAUUCAAUCUGCAAAUAACAUUAAUUUUAGCUACUUAGGGGGAAAGAGAAGGGAGGAAACUGGCUGCCUGAAUCUUGGGUUACAUGGAAGAGGUGACUCGAGGAGCCCCUGAGGAUGUCUCUGGGAUGCUUUGGAAAGGAAGUGGGGGCUGGGGUACUUCUUUCACUAGUCGCGCUCGGGUUCGGUGUGGAGCGUCCCCCAGGGAAAGGGGAGCGCAGAACUGCCGCCAGGAAGAUCCUUCAGUAAGGAUCGAGGUGUCAGGAAACAGCCGGCAGCUGUUCCAGGGAAAGGCAAGGAAGAGUGGUGUGAGAACCAUGCUUUUCCACGGGAUCUCCGGAGGCCACAUCCAAGGAAUCAUGGAGGAGAUGGAGAGGCGAUCCAAGACCGAGUCCCGCCUGGCCAAAGGGGGACAAAUGAACGGCCGAGAAACGAACAUGCCCCCAAUGAGCCCCGAGAAGCCUGCUUUGUGUGCUGGUUGUGGAGGGAAGAUCUCAGACAGAUAUUACCUGCUGGCUGUUGACAAACAAUGGCACCUCAGGUGUCUUAAGUGCUGUGAAUGUAAACUGGCUUUGGAGUCAGAACUCACCUGCUUUGCCAAGGACGGCAGUAUUUACUGCAAGGAGGAUUACUACAGGUUCUCUGUGCAGAGAUGUGCCCGCUGCCACCUUGGGAUCUCAGCCUCUGAAAUGGUCAUGAGAGCCAGGGAGUCGGUUUAUCACCUGAGCUGCUUCACCUGCACCACCUGCAACAAGACUCUGACCACGGGGGAUCACUUUGGCAUGAAGGACAACCUGGUUUACUGCAGGGCCCACUUCGAGUCCCUUUUGCAAGGAGAAUAUCCCCCCCAGCUGAGCUACACCGAGCUGGCUGCCAAGAGUGGAGGGCUGGCCCUGCCCUACUUCAACGGCACGGGCACGGUCCAGAAGGGCAGGCCGAGGAAACGAAAGAGUCCUGCCUUGGGAGUGGACAUCGUCACCUACAACUCAGCAGCAAAUCGGGGCUGCCCGCGGAACGGGCUGCAGCUGGGAACCGGGCUGCUCUGCAAGGCCAUUUCAUCUCCUCUGGUGCUGAGACCUUGGAGCAAGGGUUGUAAUGAGAACGAGGCAGAUCACCUGGACAGAGACCAGCAGCCUUAUCCCCCUUCCCAGAAGACAAAGCGCAUGCGCACCUCGUUCAAACACCACCAGCUUCGUACCAUGAAGUCCUACUUUGCUAUCAACCACAACCCAGAUGCCAAGGACCUCAAGCAGCUUGCCCAGAAAACAGGGCUGACCAAGAGAGUUCUGCAGGUUUGGUUUCAAAACGCAAGAGCCAAAUUCAGAAGGAACCUUUUGCGGCAGGAGAAUGGGGGUGUCGAUAAAGCUGAUGGCACCUCACUACCGGCACCGCCCUCAGCAGACAGCGGCGCACUCACUCCACCCGGCACUGCGACCACUUUAACAGACCUGACCAAUCCCACUAUCACUGUAGUGACAUCAGUGACCUCUAACUUGGACAGCCACGAAUCCGGGAGCCCCUCACAAACUACCUUAACGAACCUUUUCUAACAUUUCAGUUUGGUUUAUUUUUUUUUUAAUUCUUACUUUUCAUUAUUAUUAUUAUAAUAUUAUUAUUAUUAUUUUCAAGCCUUUUUUUUUUCUUUUUUUUAUAACAAACCCACAAAAUAUUUGGGAAAAUAAGCAGCUUCAUGUGUAGCAUCUGCAGCCACUUGGCAAAUGAGUUUGAAGUAAGAUAUUGCUAUAAUAAAUGAACAUUUAUUGUUGUUAAAUUGUACUCAAAUUUUUUAAAUUCAUCAAGUAACUGAAGAGAAGGUUAUGAAGCAUUCUAAUAAGUGCCUCUUAAAAUUGUAUAUUACUUAUUUCCAGUACCUUGAGAAAAAUGAGUAUUGCCACUUAAAAAAAGAGAGUCUUUUCCCUCCUUGAUAAUCAGAUAGGAAUCAGUUUAAUUGUAGCCAAAACAAUGCUGCUUCAGGAUUGAAUAUUUACUUACAGCAUUUAAGAACCCCAAAUUUUACUUAAUUUUUAUAACACAUCUGAAAGUUUUCAAAUGCUGAAAAAUAAAUACAAAAUGAAUUAAAGUUCUCAUUGGAAUAGUCACACUGGACAUGCAGUGCUUUUUUCCAAGGCACUAGUCACAAGCCUGAUCCUUCCUGAGCACUGGGGAUUCUUACUGGGAUAGCUAAAUUCUCCUCUGCCAGUUCUUCACCCAGCUGGAAUGUCCGUGGCCACCACUGAGAGCUGUGACUGAGUGGAGGGUUUGGAGAGAGAGACCCAGUGAUGAGCGUGCAUGUGGGUGAGGAUGGCAGGCUCAGGCUAUUGGCCUCCAAAGUUGUGUCCUGUACAAGAACAAGGCAAGGAGGCAAGAUCCGGAAAACACUGGAUACAAAAUGAGCUCACUCCUGUAUAUGUUAAAGUAAUGACAGCAGAAUAACAGUUCAAGUGAGGAGUCCUACUGAUUCAAAAUAUUGCAUAGGGAGGGGUUUUCAUCUUUUGUCAAGCAGCUCUGAUUUGGAAUGAAAAAAAAAUUAGAACAGUUCACUACAUGGCCUUGAUACUGUACCAUUAAAGCAAACAGGAGGUUGCCCACCUACUUUAGUGAGCACAUAAAUAAUUUCCCAGAAGAAGUGUGCAUGUGUGCUAAGUGACUUUUUGAUAAAUCAUACUUUUUUUCAGGGAAAAUGGAAAUAAGCAAAAUAUAAUUUAAUAAGAUGUUUAAGGAAAAUUAUCUCAGCACAAUUUAUACAUUACUAUUUUGAAUUUACUUUAGAUAUUUCCUGAGAUUGUAUCAGACACUAUGUUUAACACAUGAACUUAAAAUCUUUUGUUCAUUAAUAUCUCUAACAUAUACUUUAACUUUUUAAACUUUUUAUUACAGAAAAAAAAAGCUAGCAAAAAUUCUUACAAAAAUGGGAAUUGGCAGUGAAUAAUUUCAAAGCAGAUAAACUCAGAAGCCUUGUGGAUGCUGAUCUGAAUACAUUUCUUAGUUUACAAUAGUGAUCUUUCCUUUUUUAAUUUUAUUUAAGCUAAAAGUCUGAAUGGUCUGGGCAGUGGUGAAUGUUCAUUUGUAUCCUUUUAUUGUAGUUGAACACCAAUUAGAUUGUGGAGAGUCUCAGAAACAAAACCGAACAAAAAUCAGUCAAGAUCUAUGUCUUGCUUUUAGUGGAUUGUUAAGAAUAACUUUGCACAUAUAUCCCACUUUUUAGACACCAUCAAAUCUCUUUUUUUGGUGGUCAAAGUGGCUAUUUAAUAUAUUUUAAAGGUGUCCUUUUUGGCUGUAUAAAUGUGUGGUUACAUAUUGACAGUUCACUGCCCACAUUAAAGUGCAUUAUUGUAAUUUUUGCUCAGGGUUUUUAGAAAAUUAGCACAGAAAAGUAGCUUAUUUUUAAAAAAAGAUGAUGGAAGAGAUGUUAACACUGUAAUAGAAGAAAGGUGUGUUUGCCAUUAUAUAUUUAGCAAGUAUGGUUAUCAUCUUCUACGGAUAUUAAAUCUUGACUUUUCCUAUUUCUAUUACCUUAUGGGCAUUUACCACUAACCAGACCAAACGACCUUGGUAAGGCUGAGAUCUUUAUUAAUACACUUUUACAGGUAAAAAUAUUGAUACUUAUAAAUUUUGUUCUUUGACAGAACAAUAUAUGGUACUAGAGAUCUACUUUAUUAAGUAGACUAAUUAAAACUCAGUUCUACUAUGUGCCUUAUGAUAUACCUUGGGAGUAAGUUUGUGAAAAAUCAGGAUAUAUGUGUUGUUUGUUAAAUUAACUGUUUUAAGCCCUUUUGACACCUCACUAGUUUUGUACUGUUUUACCUCUUAUUUCUGAAACUCUUUUUAUGGUGUAUCCUGUUAGAGGGGACAAACAUGUCAUAGAAAGCAGUUGUGCACUCUUUCAGAUAUAGUUGAUAAAUCCAAUAAUCUUAUAUAUUGAGCUUCGUGUUUAUAGUACAGUAAGUGGUCUAGCAAAAUUGUCCAUGUUUCUUUGUUUAUUGAUAAAUGCAUUGUAUAGAAACUAUUUCCCCUAAAUAUUUAUGGACCAAACAAUUGUGAUAUAUCCUAUUAAAUUUGUGUGAAUAAACCAUUUUGAAUCUAA